UCUUUAAUCCCCUCCAUUAGAUGUGCAUUGCUUUUUAAGCCCUGUUAAUAUCCAGAGAUUAAUUCAUAGGGGUUUAGGAUCUCUCACUCCAAUGUUCUCCGUUUGAUAAACGCUACUACCAUACACAUCUCCUUCUCAAAACUCCCAACUCUCCGCCGCCUCCAUCUUUUCAACACCCGCCGUCUCUCCCUUCCGCCCUAACCAACCUAGGGUUCUCUCUCCGUUCUAUUCCACCACGCUUUAGCAAUGAGUUUUGGAGCUUCCACUGAAAUUUCCCACUAUCUUGCACUAGCAUCGGUUAAACCUAAUUCUCGCAGCUGUCAAUGCGCCGCCGGAAUCAGCUACAGUUUGCACAAUGCAAUUGGCGCUUACAACGGCGUAUUAUCGAAGCUGAAGUCGAGGAGGAACGAUAACAGAGUUGUUUCUGUUAGGGCUGACGGUAGUGGUAAAGGACUUACGUAUAAAGAUGCCGGUGUUGACAUUGAUGCCGGUUCUGAACUUGUUCGGAGAAUAGCUAAGAUGGCGCCUGGUAUUGGAGGCUUCGGUGGUUUAUUCCCCCUCGGUGAUUCAUAUCUCGUUGCUGGUACUGAUGGUGUGGGGACGAAGUUGAUGCUUGCUUUUGAAACCGGCAUUCAUGACACUAUUGGGAUUGAUCUGGUUGCAAUGAGCGUCAAUGACAUUGUUACUUCAGGGGCAAAGCCUUUGUUUUUCCUUGAUUACUUUGCUACCGGCCACCUUGAUGUAGAUGUUGCUGAGCAGGUUAUAAAAGGAAUUGUCAAUGGUUGUAAGCAAUCUGAUUGUGCUCUUCUAGGUGGAGAGACUGCAGAGAUGCCUGGUCUAUAUAAAGAAGGUGAGUAUGAUCUCAGUGGUUGUGCUGUUGGCAUUGUAAAAAAGGAGGAUGUAAUCAAUGGGAAGAACAUUGCUGUUGGUGACAUUAUUAUUGGUUUACCAUCCAGUGGAGUUCAUUCCAAUGGCUUCUCACUUGUAAGAAGAGUGCUUGCUCAAAGCGGGCUUCAAUUGAAAGAUAAACUUCCCGGCGGUGACAUUACAAUUGCUGAAGCUUUGAUGUCUCCAACUACUAUCUAUGUCAAACAGGUGCUUGACAUAAUCAGCAAGGGAGGGGUAAAGGGAAUUGCCCACAUCACUGGUGGUGGUUUUACCGAUAAUAUACCUCGAGUUUUUCCUGAAGGCCUCGGGGCUCUUAUAUAUGAAAACUCAUGGGAUAUGCCUGCAGUGUUCAAAUGGCUUCAGGAGGCUGGGAAGAUUGAAGGUUCUGAGAUGAUGCGAACUUUUAAUAUGGGCAUCGGGAUGGUCCUUGUAGUUAGUCCAGAGGCGGCGAAUGAAAUUCUUGAAAAUAGAGUUGAAACCGGUAAAGCCUACCGCAUCGGUGAAGUUAUAAGUGGAAAUGGUGUAACCUACAGUUAAUUCAGUAUAAGAUUUAGUUAUGUUGUACUUUCUAAUACUUUUGAGGAAAAUUUCUGGUUGAGAUAUGAGAAUUUUAUAAUUCGUGUUGGUUUAUCCGGACCUUAAUAGCUUUCCGUACAUAAAUGUUAGUUAUGGAACUAGCAGCAAUUUUGUGGAAUCGCAUGUAGUCGAGUUGUUAGUAAAACAUUUUUGUUUUGCUUAAGUGAAAUUCAUUCAGGUUUAAUGAUCA